AUGGAAAAACGCAGCAAAGAAAAUAUUCUCCGGGUGGGUCUCGGUCCCGAUGGGGCCGGGGAAUCCCAUACGUCACCUUCGGGUGACGGGCGGUCCGUGUAUACGGAGGGGCCACUUUCUGCGAGGAGGGAGGAGGAGAAGGAGGAGAAGAAGAAAAAGGCGCGCGAUAAGAAGCGCGCGGAUCCCAAGCCGGUGCACCUUACCGCACCGGCCAGGGAGCCCAUAACUGACGAGGACACAGACUUCUCUGUGCCGCAGCCCGAUGCGGUGCGCCGGCUCAGAGUUCUAAUUGAUAAGAAGAUAGCAAGGGGCGAUACGGACGGCAUAAGGCAGAAAUACUUGGAUUUCACCUUAGGCCGUCCGGUUCGCGACCGCUCCACCGAUUGUGACAGCGAGGUCUCCUACUCGGCGUCCGGCAGCAAUAUGUCGCUGGACUCCGGGGAGCUGCCCGCACCCGGACGUACGACUCCUCUCAAGAGGAGAGUUCCCGAUGAUGACGAAGUGGCACCGUCCACCAGCAAGGCGACGGUGCUGGCACCCAAACGAGGGCGUGGCCGGCCACCAACAACUGGCCAGUACGUCGGCUACGCUAAGGCGCAGGCCGAGUACAACAGGCAGAAGGAGGAGGCCCUCAGGCUACAAGCCGAAGAAGAGGUCGCCGAAACAGCGCGAAGGGCUAGGAGGACGUGGAGGGACGCCAGCUCCGCCCUCGCCGUGCUCCCCGCUUCAUCUCCUGCGCGAGAAGAGGCGUUGGAGAAGACGGGCGCUGACAUGGCCAAGACGGUGAAGGAGGCGUUAGAGACCAUUGAGAUGAUCGCCAAGAAGUCCGCAAACCUUAAGGGUACUUUUCAAAAGUACCUUAAGGAGUCGGUGUCGACCAUCGCAAUGGUCUUCGACGAGAUGAGAAGUCGGUCCUCAUCAGAGGAGAUACAAAGGCUCGAGGCCCAGAACGCGCGUCUCGAAAAGCAAGUGGCGAACUUACGCCAGGAGCUGGACGAGAUGCGCAAACGGAGCUCGCAGCCUGCAGGAGAAGAUCACUUGCGUGAGCUAUUGGCCGAGGUCUCCCGUGCGAACGUGGAGACCUUCGGCAAUAUGCUCAACGCCAGGCUCGCCGGACUCGAGGACCGUCUCCUGCCGGAGCCGAGGCGGAGGCCACCGCUUGCGUCGGACAGGGAUCGGGAUGAAGACAUCCUACCCGUCCCCGCAAGCGUCGAUGUGCCCAUGGAAGGAGAAGCGCCGGGGCCCCCUCUGCCAAAGGCGAAAGGGAAACCGGCCAAGGCAAAGAAGGCUCAGCCGCCUGUCGCUGCAGCGGCCCCGCAAGAGGCCCCUGCCAUAUCGACGGCGCCUAAGGGCAAAAAGGCCCGUAAAAGGAAGAAGCGGCCAUCAAUGGCCGCUAAAGAGGCGACACAAGGGGGAGCGAAUACCGGCUCCCCCAGUACUGAGGCCCCAUGGACCACAGUGGGUUCCAAGGCCAAGAAGAAGAAGGGGGUGGCUACACCAUCUACAGCCACCCCGAAGAAGAAGAAGAAGCCGAGGCUCCGCGUCCCCGCCACUGCGGCCGCUCUUGAGACGGCCCGGCGGGCGAUAAGCAUUGCGGAGUUUGAUAUUCCGCAAGUCCGCUUCCGUCGGGCCCGAACUGGAGGGUGCCUUCUCACCAUAGCUGGUGAGGACGCAGGGAAGAAGGCAGACGCCUUUGCCGCAAGGCUAAAGAACGUCCUGCCUCAAGAAGUGAGGGUCGGACGGCCGGCUGCUUGCGCAGAGAUGCGCAUCGCCGGCCUAGACGAGUCUGUGACGGCCGCCGAAAUCAUGGAGGCGGUCGCACUUGAUGGAGAGUGCCUUGCCGGCGAUGUCCGGGUGGGGCCUAUGAGGGAGGGGCCACGGGGGGACGGGUCCUGCUGGAUCCGCCUCCCAGCCGCGGCCGCCAAGAAGCUUUCGAGCUCUGGGCGGUUGCGGGUUGGCUGGGUGUUGGCGAGAGUGACGUUGUCCGAAAGGGGGCACGUGCUGGGCGGCAGCGGAUGUCCGUCUGCCGCGAAAAAGCCGGCCCCCAGAGAAGAGAAGGCCCCGUCCAAAAAGGCUCGGCAAAAGCCGAAGCCUAAGGGCGCACGGGCUCUGCCCGUCUCUGCCGCGAUGGAGACGGAGGCCUAG